GUCUUUUCGCUUCAACACAGUACUCUGCUGCACACCUCCAAGUGUUGAGCUUUCUCUUUCUCUUCCAUUCCCCUGUAACUCAGCAGAUCUGCCUCUAUGGCCCCUAUAAUAAUUCUCAGGGGCUGUUUUUGGAAAUGAAUCUGUUCUGAGGCGUGUUUGUGGAUGUCUGACAGUUUCUCCUCACCAUGGCAGCAGCUCUGCCAGUGAGUUAUCACGGCGCCAUCACCAAGACCGAGUGUGAGGAUCUGCUGGGGAAUAAGAACAAGGAUGGAGCAUACCUGAUCCGAGACAGCGAGACCAUCCAGGGAGCCAUGUGUCUGUGUAUUUACAAACAGAAGGUGGUGUAUACCUACAGACUGCUUAAGACACACAGUGGACACUAUACUCUCAUGACUGCAGGAGGUAUUGAAGAAAUGUAUUUUAAGACUUUGGACGAUCUGAUCCGGCACUAUAAGAGGAAGAACCAGGGCCUCGCCAUGCACUUGCGGCACUCUGUCAAAAGAAGGACAGCCCUGUUGUUCCAGCCAAAUUAUCCACAACCACAGAGGAUGGAUGAACCUGAGGAUUCACCUGACUAUGAGAAUGCUCCUUGCUCUGAUUAUGUUGAGGUCCUGCCUGAAUGACGUCUCUGACAUUUAGCUUCAAAGACACGAGGAGAGCGGAAAAGACAUUUUGUAUCAAAAGUUCACAGACUGGAUCAAAUUCAGAAAUGCAGUUGGACAAAUGCUGUAGAAAAAGGGAUGUCUGUUGGAUGGAUUAUUAUGCAAUUUGUCUCAGAUACUCAUGACACCCAAAGGAUGAAUUGUUUUUGUGAAUUGCAAAAAUCUUGACUUGGAGUUCAAUGCUAUUCAACAAAUGCUAGUUUGCUGAAAAACUAAACCCAAUAUCCCCUCGCAACAAAUGAAUGAUUCUUAUAACAUGCAAAGCUUCCACACAGCACUCUGCUGCACACCAUGUGUUAAGCUUUCUCUUUCUUGGUUGGCUUCAGUGUUGGAAGGAGAAUACUUAAAGUUAAAAUGAACUUAAAGUAAAAAUACUGCAGUCAUAAUCAUAAUUAUAUUAAAGUACAAAAGUAUUAGCAUUAAGACCAAAAGGAAAAGCACACCUUAUAACCCCUUUCAGAACAAAUUAAUAUUUACUUUAGCGCAAUUAUAGUUAUUGAUGGAAUACUGUCUUUAUCAUGUAAAUGAUGCAGCUGGUUAUGAUGGAGCUCAUUUUCAAUAACAUAACAUACUAUAAAUCUCUAAAAGGUCAAAAGGUUGAGUAAGCAAGGCAAGGCACGUUUAUGUAUAUAGCAGCUUUCAACACAAGGCAAUUGAAAGUGCUUUACAAAAAUAAAAGACAUUAACAGCGUUAAGAAAUAGUGCAGCAGAAAUGUUUUCAGCCUGGAUUUGAAAAUAGUAAGAGUUUCAGCAGAGCUGCAGGGUUCUGGUAGUUUGUUUAAAAAGUGCUUCAGUACUAAAGGUGUUAUAUUACAAAAAUAACAAGUGAUUUAAAGUAUAUUUAAUAUACAGCGUGUAUUUAGUUUAUCUGUUCCUGCUGUACAUAUGUGACUGUUCAUCUGCAGAGACUUAGACGUAGUAAACUUACAUUUCAUGUGAAAGUAAUCUGAAUUGUCAUAGCGAGUCUCUUAUCAACAUUUGCAUCUGAUACACCAUGACGCAUAUGGAAACAUGUCCGUUAUCUCAGUCAGCAUAAUUUUUGUGAACUUGAAAUAUCUAGUUCAAGCUAGGUGAAAUGUAUAACAGGAGAAUAUUGUGUCUGUUUUGGCUGCUAAAACAGUGUUUGUUUUUAGUUACACUGCAGUAUCCCUUAUUGUCUUGGCUUUUAUUUCUGUCAUUUUAUACAGUACUGAACAUUUCAGCAUUUAUUUCCAUUCCAUGUUGAUUGAAAGGGGGGCUGGUAUUUGUUAUACAUUUCUGCUUUGUAAAUACUAAUCUGUUACAUUUUCUUGAACCACUAUCUUUUGUACCCGUAUAAUCUUUUGAGUUUCAUGUGAACAGUAAAAAAAAGUCCCUCUUGCAGACACAAGAUACCUGAAACUCAGAGACUGUACAUAAUUUCCUCACUUCGCAGAAAGUUAUGUUAAUAAUCUGAAGCUUUAGUUAGAUUUUUCCAGCACAGUAUAGAGAUAAGAUUCAACCGAACCACUUCUGCGUUGUUUGUUGGAAAAGAAGAGUAGCUACUUCACCCCGUUGCUUUCACACCACCAAUGUCAACUCACAAUAAAUGUUAAAGAUAUUUUUUA